GCCUCCCGGCUCGCGCCGCAGUCCGCGCUACGAGCCGUCGCCGGUUUGUAGUCUGUCGCCGCCGACGCUACAUUCAUACUUUCGUCAACGCGAUCGCCUUUGUUUACUCCCCCACGCGCGCCCAAUCUUAACAGCUGUUCCGAGUGUCUGUUUCAGCUCUUAGUGAAUUGUGUGCCCACAUUCCCUUGUUCAGUGUUCUAGUGCUUUGUGAGUUCAUGGAUAUCCCCGGAUAUUAUUAGAGUUGACUGUGCGAAGCUCGCGGAAAGACGCGGGCGGCCCAGCCAUGGCCGCUACAGCUCGCCGCGAGAUAGACACCGGUGAAGAAGACAUUGCAGCGAUUGCAAAACAAAUAUCAGAUCAUGCGGAAGCGAUUUAUCAAACAUGGAAAGCGCGCGGCCUUGCUCCUACUGAAAUUUUGUCAUGUAGGCCCACGCCCGGACUAAAACUGGCAGACAGUUUGCGUACAAAGCCGAAACCAGAACCGAAGCCUGAAAUAAAACAACGACCCGAAUUCCGAAGAGAUCGCCCAGAAAUAAGAGAGCAGAGGCCCGAUAUUCGGCGGGAACAGAGACCGGAAAUAAGACGUGAUCCUCAUUUAGAAACUGCGGGCGAUACUAUGGAAAUGAAUCUUCCUCCUGACCUAGUACCUGAACGCAAUGGCACAGGAACUGUUGCAAUUGCGAGGCGUGGAGAUUCUGCAGCCAUGCGACUUGAAGUAGCACGUGAAGAGGAACGUCUCCUUAGGGCGUUACGAACCGGUGGAGUUGUUGCAGAACGCCCAUCGGAACGUCCUGAUGUCGUACCACCAAUAUCAUUAGUAGAUUAUGCAAAGAGUCGGUACCAGGAUCGUCUUGAUACCGGUGCAAGGAAACCAGCGGCAGGGGCUAGUGGUGAGAGACGGGCGUCUCUUGGAUCACAUGUAACCGAAGCGAGAUCAAAAUUCGAAGCGCGGGCUAGAAGGGCUUCUAGUGCAGGUGCAGCAGAGUCUGCAUCUGCGACAGGGCAGUCACCUGUCAGACCAUUCCUUACCAGAGGAUCUGUAGCAGAACGUGUACUUAUGUUCGAACGUUGUCCUAGUGAAGCUACUUUAGAACUAGCCAAAAGAAAAUCUCCUGCCGCUACUACAUGGCGAGGACCACACGACGUCAUCAAUAGAGCACAGAACUACUCAGCGUCAACACCAUCAAAGCCAUCAUCAGCGCCGCCCCACACGACCCUCCAGCGGUCGGUCCGCGCGGCUGGACCGUCCCGGGUCAUACCACGCUUCUAUUUCCCCAAGGGACGGCCUCCGCCAGCCCAUCAGCAGGACCAUGCGCUGCAUAAGGUCCAAUCCGCCUUCGCUACAUUUCCAAAUAGUCAGGUUCCUCGUGAAAGUUUCAAGCAUAUAGUAAAGGCCUGCGAAUGCCCUCUAUACUGGAAAAUGCCUUUGUUCCUAGCCACACAGCAAAACCUCCACGCGCCCGUCGACGGACAUAAGUUCAUAGACUUUUGGAGAGAAAUGUCAACACAAUGUCACGACCAAGCUUCAAGGUUUGUGUACAUUUUGACGCGAGGGAAGAGUAACACGUUGGCACCGGAGGACUUCGUGCCUCUGGUGCAGGAUGUCGUCGACACGCAUCCUGGGCUGUCCUUCUUGAAGGAGGCCACGGAAUUCCACUCAAGAUACGUCCAUACUGUGAUCGCUAGGAUAUUCUAUUGUGUGAACCGCUCAUGGUCAGGUCGAAUAUCCAUUCCGGAGCUGAGAAGGUCGAACUUUCUGCAAGUCAUCCAGCUCCUUGAAGAUGAGGAGGACAUCAACCAAGUGACGCAAUACUUUAGUUAUGAACAUUUCUACGUAAUUUACUGCAAAUUCUGGGAAUUAGAUAAGGAUCACGAUUUAUUCAUUGACAGACAUGACCUUGCGAGGCACAAUGACCAUGCGCUCUCGAGCCGCAUGAUAGAGCGGGUGCUAUCGGGGUGCGUGACGCGCGGCAACCAGAACCGCGUGACGGCGGGCGGCGAGCCGCGCAUGUCCUACACCGAGUUCGUGUGGUUCCUGCUCGCUGAGGAGGACAAGAGCCAUCCCACUGCUAUCGAAUAUUGGUUCAGGUGUAUGGAUUUGGAUGGCGACGGCUUCAUUUCGAUGUACGAACUGGAAUACUUCUAUGAGGAGCAGAUGCAGAGGAUGGAGGCGAUUGGGAUCGAAACAUUACCAUUUAACGAUUGCCUCUGCCAGAUGUUAGACAUGGUGCAUCCAGCAGAGACCGGUAAAAUCACAUUAACCGACUUGAAAAAAUGCAAACUGACGCCGAUCUUCUUCGACACGUUCUUCAACCUGGAGAAGUACCUCGACCACGAGCAGCGCGACCCCUUCGCCACGCAGCGGGACUCGGAUUCUGAGAUGUCGGAAUGGGAUCGAUUCGCGGCUGAAGAAUACGAAUUAUUGGUCGCUGAAGAAGGAGGCAGCGAUGCGCAAGACCAAAUCUCAUACGAUGAAACAGACGACGAUUGCUUAUCCCCAAACAUUGAUGACGUCACCAACACCGAUGUCAUUGAGGACUCCAGCGUGGAAGAUUCCACUUUUAGCGACAGUAUAUCCAACGCCCGUAGCAAAGAUGUCCCUGGAAAUGCACCCGCUAUCUCGCGAACACCAAACCCACCGGCUGGUUUCGUGAACCUCAGCACCAUAUACGCGUUGGGCAGUACAGACAGAUGGGCGAACAAAACUAACGUGCAAGAACGAAAGGCAGAAAAACCAAUCCCACCAGAAAAACCAGUUAGCCUAAUGAUGAUGAACGGCAAGAUGGAAAAUCGAUUUAACGUCGGGAAUAAUAGCUUUUUGUAUUCACAAUUAUUGAAUCCUGCAGGAGCAAGAUCGAAAGAUCCACCAUCAUACACGGCGGCGACGAGCGGGGUUCUCGAAAAAACUGGCGAAAAGAAGGUUCUAUCCCCGAACAAAACUGUAAAAACGCCAACCAGUCCUGUGAACGGAGUCAGUAAAAUAUCCGAUAAUUACGAGAGAGCCGUCGCUGAACGACUGAGCCCGCAAAGAGAAAUCUCCAGACUGAAUCGCAGCAGUGUGUUCAGUAAGGUCAAUACUGGAAUUGUAUCCGGUAAAGUUAAGAAGAGCGCUCGAAACGCUGACGAAGAGGAUGAUGACUACGCGCGUGAUAGUGACGAGUGCUCUAUAUAGACCUUGCUUACAAGGUGUGUUAUACAGUGACUGAUUUGUGUUAGUGAACCAAAGACCGUAGAACCGACAUACCAUAGACAAAUAAAUAUUUUUUCAACGUAUCCACGAUACGUGCCUUGUAGAUACGACACGUUCGGACAUUCGUAGCGGUAGAAAUCGAUUAGUUUAGGUCUAUUGCAAUAGAAACGGUGUGUUUUAACAUCGCUUGGACCGAUAGGAGUAUCGUAUCGGAAGUAUUAUGUUAACCGUUACCGGUAUACGAGUGAAAUGUGUGUUAUAUGAUAAUUCGAUAUAUAUAAAAUGACAUUGGACAAGAAUGAAAAAUCUGAGAAGGGAACCACGCUUUUGCAUAAUAGAUCACAGAUUAGUGGCUAAGCUCAUUUUAUAAAACAAUAUUUAUUAUAAAAUACAAAAUUCAAUCAAAAUUUGUAACCUAACGUUGGCCUCUAUAUUCCGUCUUAAUAAUUAUUCAUAUCACGCUCCAUCCACAAUAGAGAGAUAUUUUGAAUAUCAUUAGCAUAGCUUUCUCCAUCAAUGGGCUUUGAGCAUCGAGAUUAACAUCGUGAAUAAACACGCACAGACUUUAAGUAAAAUAGAUUAAGUGAAAAUAUUUUUAUAUUAAAACUAAUUUUGCCGCGUGAACAUUAACUAAUUCGUAGAAAAUUAAGCCUGGUAGCAGAUAUUCAUCCGAUAAAGCCUUUUUAUUUUUAAGAUUAUACUGAUUACUUUUCGGCGGAUAGAAUAGAUAGGUACUCGUUGUUUAAUUUUAAGAUUAAAAUAAUCAAGUACGAAUUUUUACCAGUUAAAUUGUAAUUAUUUAAUGUGAGGUUCAUAAUGUACGCGUGACGUUUUCCCCUUUUCACUAUAUAACAACAAUUGGAUCACUUUAUACCUUUCGCUUAGGAUAGAUGAGGCAGCUGUAAAUAUGCUUGUAGAUAAUGCUAGGUAGAUUUAACAUUUUUUUUUCUCUAGUCUACAGGGUGCUCUUCGAUCUAAUUAUCGGACUACCAAUAAUAAACAAAUGAACGCGCGGCUACAAUGGAUAUGCACGACGACGUAAUAUUGAAAAAAAGACAGUACUAGAUUAUCAAGUUUCUGUAACCCUCUUUAAUAAUUAAAUGUGCACAUACAAUAACAGAGAUGUGUUACGUUUUUUCUCUAAAUUAAGCAAAACAGCGAUGUUUCUGUUUCAUUCUUUGUUUACAAUUUAUAAGUCGGUUGAAUUUUUUUUUAUUUUUAUGAUUCUUUUUUAUUUGAAAGCUGGUUCCUGCCAUGUGGUCCCAUUUGAUCCUCCCAUUUGUUCAUUUGAUUAAAUUUGGUCUAAUUAUGACAAUUUGAAGGCGGAAUAUUUUUUUUUUUAUUAAUUAAUAAAUUCCCAAAUAUAUCUUCACAACGGAAACAGCAGAUAUCACAAAAAUGCUACCAGUGAAAAGAAAGUUCGGCUUUGUAAAGUCAAAUUUAAUUACGGUAAAAUCUAUGAAUAAUGAUGUAAUUAACUAUAUUUAAAAAAGUGUUUCUAAUGUUUGUCAUUACGUUUGUCCAGUGAAAUAUUAGUUUAUUUGACUCGUGUUUGCGUGAAACUUUCAUGUUGUACUUUCGUUAUUAUUAAAAUUGUUAAUUGUUUACCUUCUAUCAACGACAUUGUUGAUCGAAGUUGUUUACCCUUAAGGGCAAAUGUAGGAAAAUAUUACGGUACAGGAUAUACCUGUGUUGUUAUUGAAUUCUUGAUGAUAUGAAUGAUCCAGUCGAGAUCGAGUCAUUGAUCAACUGAAAAAUAUUUUUGACUAUUUACUAGUCAUUCAGAACGACACUGUUAUCAGUUGGUACUGCAAAAAUAAUGCUUACUAUUAACUAAUUAAAAAUUAAUUUAUUGAAUUUUCUAAAUUGGAAAAUAUACAUUUUUUUUUUUAAUUUUAAAAGUUAGACAUUUCAAUAAAAAAUAAUAGAUAAAUUUACAUAUGAUAUCAAUAACGCAAAAAGAAUUCGUAGGUAUCCAUGUUAUAUUUUACGGAAUUUCAGCGCUAAAUUCACCUACAAGUCCUACGUAUUACAAAAUUAUUGUAAGAUCAUUAUUGUGUUAAGUACAUUCCAUGCUUUUACUUAAUACUUACUAAAAAUAAUGAAGAAGAUGCAGCCGGUAUAAUAUUAUUUUUGCAGUGCUGUUAAUUUACAUUCUUUUUUAAUUUUGUCAAGUAAUUGAUAUUGUUCUCAAUACUGAUUACUAUUGAACUUACCAAGUAUUAACCAAAACGAUUGUUCACAAUUUAAUAAAUUUUAUUAAUGCGUUGUGUAUUAUUCUUAAAUUAAUUUUAUUUAUAUUGUAUGUUUUUAUAUAAGAACCUAAACGUUUUGACUUAGCAAAUGCGUUUAAGGUGGACCUAGUGGUAUGGUUGUAUACUCAGAUUAUUAAAUGUUUAAUCUGGUGUUGUAUAUUUUACACAGAGUUAGGCUGAUGACGAUGUGUAUACCACAUUAAAGGCCGAUGACUUUUAGUUUGUAGUUGCGUGUGUGUUUUUUAAACAGUUAUUAUUAAAAUUGGUACUAGCUAUAUAAUACAUUAUAUCUUCCAUUAAUUAACCCCAAGCGAUCGUCAAUAAUAGUGCCAUGAUUAACAUUUUGAUAAAAUAAAAUAGGUUUACUAGACAUUUGUAUGUGAAAUUAGCUCUUACCUACUUAAAUAUGUUGCAUUUUCAGGUUUUUAUUAAGGUUAUUCUCUGCAUACUAUAUUGUCUUCAUUUUUUAAAUACAUAAUCAAUCACGAGGUGUUUCAUUACAUUAUGUACGUUUAUUAUCUAUAAAUUUAUGGAAUAUUUUAUUUAAAUGAUUUAUGUAAGAUAGGCAUCUUAAUAUGAGUAUUAAAUCUGUGUUAGUAAUAUCUAUUUACAUAGAUUUUUUAGGACAACCUAAGUUUAAAAUAUAAAAUCAUGUGUAUUACCCAAUUUAUACGAGUAUGCAUAUGAUAUUAUUUAAAAAAACCCACGUUUUACGAAGUAGUUAAUUUGUUUAUGGACAACUAUUAAAAUAAGAACAAAAUAAUCUUUUGUGCAUAAAUCUAAUAUGAAGUGAACUGUAUUAUGUAAUGUAAAAUAUUAUAGUUUACUUAAAUAACCCGUUAAUAAAAUAUUAAUGAUGGUCACAGAUGUUGCUGUAAUCAUGAAAUGUAACUUUCGUUGUUGUUAAAUUCGAGUUGUCAAUAAUUUAAACGAAAAUCUCAGAUUUUUUUACGAAACACUAGAAGUGAUGUAGUUUUAUGUGUUAACAUUAUUAUGUAUUAUGGAAUGACAGAACUUAUAUGAUAAUUCAGUUAAGUAUCCUAAUAAAGUACAUAACUGUA